AUGAUAUUUUUAAAUAUGAAAUCUGUUGCUUGGGCAUACUCUACGAUCACUUUAGGGACUGACCUACUAAAUUCUGUCUUCAAUUUCUACUAUGUGAAACUUUUUUUACAUCUGUACAAGAUUUCAGAAGUGGCCUUUUGUCAAGCCCAGAUAAUUUUGAUGAUCUGGAAUAUUCUUAAUGACCUCAUUGUGUAUUUUUGCGACAACUUUAAGGCUGAUUGUGGUGCAAGCCAUCAUCUUUCCGCCUUGUUUGGUGGCCCUUUGUAUGCAAUGGCCUUCCUGCUUCCUUGGUUCCCUUGGAAAGACUAUCAAGAAGGUGACUGGCUUAGUGGAAUUCAUCUGAUGGUAUCAUUAUGUGCCUUUGAGAGCACACUUUCACGUAUUCAGCAAGUCCAGCAUAGACGGUUUGUAGAGACUUUCCCUAGACAUGAAAGUAGGCUUCGUCUUAUUAAAAUUAGCCACAUGGUAUCACUAAUAGGAUCUACCAGUAUCCUUUUCUGUGGCCUCAUCUCUAAUAACAUAGAAAGUUUGUCCAAUUUUCAGGCUGUUGCUGUUAUCAUUGCCUUUCUUGCUGCUGCCAGUGUUCACGCUGGCAAGAACCACAUGAAACAGUUCGAAUGGAAUAGAAGCCUGGAGGAAAAUGUCCUUUUGGGAAGUGAAGAGGAUCAUUCUAGGACCUCGGUCAUCGUACUGAGACAGAUCUUGUCCCAGAAGAACUUUUACCUUUUUCUGAUCGUGAAUUUCCUCCAAAUCUUUCAUUUAACCUUCCUGCACAACUUCAUGAUGAUCUUUAUGGAUAAUCUCAUUCCCAGGGAUAUUCUUUCUUCCUCCGGAAGGAGCAUCAUGUAUGGGGCAGGCUUUAUUUGCCCACAGUGCCUGGUACUUAUGGGUCAUUCCUGGCUGAAGACAUUUGGUUACUAUAAGAUCAUCCUCAUUUCUUUCUACCUAGAAGGAACAGCUUCCAUUGUCAUGUUACUUCUGGGACAGGAAUACUAUUACUGCUUGGCUCUUUACCUCACUUUUAUCAUGGUGAUUGUGCAAGCUUCUUAUUGCUUAUUUAACCUGCCACUAGCUGACAUGAUUGAUGCAGCGUUACUGAAGUUCAAUAGGCUGCCACUCUUUUCCUCCAUGGUUUUUGGCAUCAAUGCUUUGCUCACAAAACCUGCCCAGUCUUUAGCUCCCAUGGUGAUACUCUCUAGACUCACUCAGUUUGGAUAUAGAAGCCCAAACAGCAGAUGUGUCUUUGAAGAGAUCAUCCUACAGUGUGGAACUGAUUUGAAGAGCGGUCAGCCACAUUACAGAGAAAGUGCAGACUGAAGGCUAAUGAAGUGAUUUUAUAUGGGAAAUCAUGAUGGGAGCCUGAGCUAAAGCAAUGCAACAGGGAACACAAGGAAGAGAGACUGACAUGAGAGUGAUUAAGGAGUUAAAAUCAAGAGAACUUGGUCAAAGCCACAGGUGUGACUCACACUUGAGAAAUGAGUGUCUCAGGAAGUGAAUGUGUUCUGUUCAGGGCCACAUUUCUUCUGCUAAAUUUGAAGGAACUCUCAGUCUCAGCUUUUCCAUCUACUGCAUGACUGUUUUUCACCUGCACUGCGGAAGUUACUCAAAGUCCAAGAAGCAUUAAAAGCCUCAAUGUUGUAGAAAAACAUGGUGGCUUAAAGAGACAGGAACAGAAUCUGGGGAAGAAAUGCCCAAAGACCUGUAUCUUCCAUUGUAGUUUAUUUGCUGAUCGAUGUGAGAGCAUUGGAGGAAGAACAUACAUGUUUGACUUGUCUCUCUGAAUUUCCUCUGUAUUCUGAAAAACCACAAAGGCCCUAAAGUAAUGAUUCUCCAUGGUUACUUCCAUGGAAACAGAAACUCUGGAUAGUAAUCUCAAUGGCUUGGGCAUAGACGUGUUGGCAACCACACACUGGCAAACUAGUUUCAUGACACUGCAAGCAUGUUUAGAAUUAUAAAUGCAUAAAAGGAACUUCAGUAUCAUGUAUCUUUGAGUGAUAAUUUAACUUUUGGCAUCUGGUGGCCUCACACAGCUAAUGCUAAACUGAAAGUCCAACUCCAACUGGAGUCCAGGGGCUAACUGUGCACUUAGCAGGCUGGGGUGUGAUGAUCAGAGUACUUCAGGACUCACCAGUGCAGAGAGUUUGGCAAAAAUGUGAAAUAAAAAUUUUUAAAGAUUUAUUUUAUUUACUUGAAAUACAGAGUUACAGAGAAGUAGAGAGAAAAAGAGAGAGAGGUCUUCAUCCUCUGGUUCACUCCCCAAACGGCUGCAACAACACGGGGCUGGGCCAGGCCGAAGGCAGGCACCCAUACGGGUGCAGGGUCUUGAGCACUUGGGCCAUCUUCCACUGAUUUCCCAGGCUUAUUAGCAGGGAGCUGGAUUGGAAGUGGAGCAGUUGGGACUCAAACCAGCACUCAUAUGGGAUGCUGGUGCUGCAGGCGGUGGCUUUAUUGGCUCUGCCACAGUGCUGGCCCCUUUCCUGACAUUUUUAAAAAACGGUCUGUGAUUCCUUGAUACAGUUAGAUGAAUUGUUUGUUCUGUUGUUCUGCAGGGAAGAUGGUUUUACUAAGUUUAAUAAAUCUAUGUACUGUUUUG